UCCCGCAUUAUGUUUUUGGUAGGUCCGAACCGAAGAAUUGUGGUGGAACUGUGGAAGAACUGCGRACCUAGAUCUUCUCCACAUCCAUCGGCUAAUCCCUGUUUGAUACUUUUGAGUUUGAUUUCACAGCCACAGCGAUUAUUUGAUACUUUUGAGUUUGAUUUCACAGCCACAGCGAUUAUUUCGACGAAUAAACCACAUUUCGUUUCGGAUACAGAUAUUUACCUCUUCGUGAUCCAUCAUUUCGAGUUCUUCAAGAUAUUCUGAUUCCGACAAAAUUCUGAUAAUCUCCUGUUUUGGUUGACAUGUUUGAUUUUUAUCAAUCACGUCCAACCAUUCUGCACUCCUAGGGUUCUCGAUCCUACUACUUUGGAGAUCGGCUACCUUGAUGGUUUUCAAUUUCUCUUAGAAGUUAGAACCUAUGCAGAGAGUUUCUUAGCAAGUGAAGUAACUUUUGUCCUUUGGAAUGCGAUCUGUUUCCCAUUUUUAUUAUUCUCCUCUCAGCAUAUUUACAUUGUCUAUCGUCUUAGACCAGUAAACUUUUACAUACUACGUUCUAUGCCUUAUCACCAGCAGUCAUUCACUCCAGCCCUGUUAUAGCUCUGUUUUUUCACUAACGAUUUUGUGUGAUUUUGUGCUGUCUUGUCGUCAUUCCAGGUUUCUCUUUCUGUGUAAUGCAAUCGAAGACGAACAAGAAGAAUUUGAAACGUGUUCGAUCAUUCCCCUCCGAUAUGACUUUAACUGAUAACUCAGUCGCCCAGACCCAUGAUGAUUGCUUCCUGUUCCCUGUCGAAGAGAUUGUCCAGUAUCCGUUGCCAGGCUAUGUUGCUCCUUCUUCCAUCACUUUUAGUCCCGAUGAUAGUUUGAUUACUUAUCUAUUCAGCCCCGAUGGCACUUUGAAUAGGAGGGUUUUCGCUUUCGACCUAAGGACCUGUAAACGAGAACUGUUUUUUAGUCCUCCCGACGGAGGGCUCGAUGAGAGUAACAUAUCCCCAGAAGAGAAGUUGAGGAGGGAGAGACUGAGGGAGCGCGGAUUAGGGGUCACACGAUACGAAUGGGUCAAGUCUAUCUCCAAGAAGAAAACGAUCAUGGUGCCUUUGCCAACUGGGAUCUAUUUCCAGGAUCUUUCUUGUUCUAAGCCAGAGCUUAAGUUGCCUAGCACACCAUGCUCACAUAUCAUUGAUCCAUCUCUCUCUCCAGAUGGAAAUAUGCUUGCCUAUGUAAGAAACAAUGAGCUUCAUGUUUUCAACCUGUUGUACGGCACAGAGAAACAAUUAACAUUUGGAGCUGAGGGAAAUGCUCUGAGUCAUGGUCUUGCUGAAUAUAUAGCCCAGGAAGAGAUGGAUCGAAAGAAUGGAUUCUGGUGGUCACCGGACAGCAAAUACAUUGCAUUCACUGAAGUUGAUUCAUCUGAAAUACCCCUUUUCAGAAUCAUGCAUCAGGGUAAGAGUUCAGUUGGUUCAGAUGCUCAGGAAGACCAUGCUUAUCCAUUUGCAGGAGCAUCAAAUGUCAAAGUCCGGCUUGGAGUUGUUUCUGCUUCUGGGGGUCCAAUUACUUGGAUGGACAUUCUUUGUGGAGAAAAAGAUCAGUCCAUCAAAGAUGAAGAAUAUUUGGCCAGAGUCAAUUGGAUGCCUAGAAAUAUUCUCAUCGUUCAGGUUUUGAAUAGGUCCCAUUCCAUACUGAAAAUCCUGAAGUUUGAUAUUAACACAGGCCAGAGAAACGUUAUAUUGGUAGAAAAAGGAGAUCCAUGGAUUAAUUUUCAUGACUGUUUUACACCUGUGGACAAGGGAGUGGAUCAUUUCUCUGGGGGAUUUAUAUGGGCAAGUGAGAAAACAGGUUUUCGGCAUCUUUAUCUUCAUGACAUUAAUGGAGAUUGCUUGGGACCUCUCACUGAGGGUGACUGGAUGGUUGAGCAAAUUGCUGGUGUGAAUGAAGCUGCAGGACUUGUGUAUUUUACUGGAACUGUGGAUGGACCUUUGGAAUCUAAUUUGUAUUGCACAAGCCUGUUCCCUGAUAGGAGGUACCCAUUAGAUGCACCACGGAGGUUGACUCAUGGCAAAGGGAGGCAUAUAGUUGUGCUUGAUCAUCAGUUGCAGAGGUUUGUUGAUGUUCAUGAUUCUUUGAGCUCUCCACCUAGGGUAUUGCUUUGUUCAUUGCAUGAUGGAAGCUUAAUAAUGCCUCUAUAUGAGCAGCCAUCCACCACUUCACGAUCAAAAAAGCUCCAACUUCAACCGCCAGAGAUUGUCCAGAUACCUGCUAAUGAUGGGACCAUCUUAUAUGGAGCCUUAUACAAGCCUGAUGCAGAUAGAUUUGGACCUCCACCGUACAAAACCUUGAUCAGUGUGUAUGGUGGGCCCAAUGUCCAGCUUGUUUGCGACUCCUGGAUGAAUACAGUGGAUAUGAGAGCUCAGUAUUUCCGGAGUAAGGGCAUCUUAGUAUGGAAGUUGGAUAACAGAGGGAGUGCUCGACGUGGAAUCAAGUUUGAGAGCCAUAUGAAACACAACUUUGGGCGCAUUGAUGCCGAAGAUCAGCUUUGUGGAGCGGAGUGGCUGGUAAAACAAGGGCUUGCGAAAGCAGGGCGUAUUGGCUUAUAUGGGUGGAGCUACGGAGGGUACCUCUCGGCCAUGGCUUUGGCCAGGUUCCCCGACACAUUCGGAUGUGCAGUGUGUGGCGCCCCUGUGACAGCAUGGGAUGGGUACGAUACGUUUUACACAGAGAAGUACAUGGGGUUGCCCUGGGAGAAUGCUGCGUGUUACGAGUAUAGCUCGGUGAUGCACCAUGUGCACAAGAUGAGAGGGAGGUUGUUACUUGUGCACGGAAUGAUGGAUGAGAAUGUACAUUUCCGGCACACUGCAAGGCUCAUAAAUGCAAUUGUUGCAGCUGCAAAACCCUAUGAGCUUCUGGUUUUUCCUGAUGAACGCCACAUGCCCCGCCCCCUAAGAGACCGUAUUUAUAUGGAACAGAGGAUUUGGGAGUUCAUAGAGCGGAAUUUGUGAAGAAUUUCUGUUGUGUUGAUCCAUUCCCUCCUCACCUUUUCUUUCUUUUCAUUUUCCUUCUUGGUCUUCUUUUAAUUAAUUUUUAUCUUUUGCUGUUGUUAUUGUUAUUAUAUGCCUUCUCAUGAUCUCAUCUCAUACACAGCCAUACAGGUACCGCUUCAAUAAUAUAAAUCUAGCCCUACCCUAUA